AUGUUAUUUAAAUCAAUCCAAUCAAUCAACAACAUCAAAUCAUCAACCAAUAACAAAGUUGCUACCGAUAUGAUCAACCAAGGACAAUCCUCAAACAAUGUUGCCGUCUUAGGUUUAGUUAUUGACCUUAACCCACUCUUAAACCUUAAAGUUAGUCUCUAA